AUGUCCUGUGCGCUUUUUAAAUUCCCCCAAACCAUCCGACAUCCGUUCACACAAGCUAUCUUCCUUUGCUUUCGAUGUCCUGUGCGCCUUAAAUUCCCCAAACCAUCCGACAUCCGUUCACACAAGCUAUCUUCCUUUUGCUUUCGAUGUCCCGUGCGCCUUAAAUUCCCCAAACCAUCCGACAUCCGUUCACACAAGCUAUCUUCCUUUUGCUUUCGAUGUCCUGUGCGCCUUAAAUUCCCCAAACCAUCCGACAUCCGUUCACACAAGCUAUCUUCCUUUUGCUUUCGAUCUAUCUUCCUUUGCUUUCGAUGUCCUGUGCGCCUUAAAUUCCCCAAACCAUCCGACAUCCGUUCACACAAGCUAUCUUCCCUUUGCUUUCGAUGUCCUGUGCGCCUUAAAUUCCCUAAACCAUCCGACAUCCGUUCACACAAGCUAUCUUCCUUUGCUUUCGAUGUCCUGUGCGCCUUAAAUUCCCAAACCAUCCGACAUCCGUUCACAAGCUAUCUUCCUUUUGCUUUCGAUGUCCUGUGCGCCUUAAAUUCCCAAAACCAUCCGACAUCCGUUCACACAAGCUAUCUUCCUUUUGCUUUCGAUGUCCUGUGCGCCUUAAAUUCCCCAAACCAUCCGACAUCCGUUCACACAAGCUAUCUUCCUUUUGCUUUCGAUGUCCCGUGCGCCUUAAAUUCCCCAAACCAUCCGACAUCCGUUCACACAAGCUAUCUUCCUUUUGCUUUCGAUGUCCCGUGCGCCUUAAAUUCCCCAAACCAUCCGACAUCCGUUUUUCUGAUGCUAUCUUCCUUUUGCUUUCGAUGUCCUGUGCGCCUUAAAUUCCCCAAACCAUCCGACAUCCGUUCACACAAGCUAUCUUCCUUUUGCUUUCGAUGUCCUGUGCGCCUUAAAUUCCCCAAACCAUCCGACAUCCGUUCACACGCUACAUGUCCGUUCCCAAACCAUCCGACAUCCGUUAUCUAUCUUCUUUUGCUUUCGAUGUCCUGUGCGCCUUAA